AUGUUCGGGUCCAUCUUUGGCUUCGCCAUCCUCAAGCCGCUCUCCAAGGCGCUCCCGGAACGGUUUGGCGGAGGGUACUUUGGCCCCAAGGAGAACGUCUGCUGCCAGAGCGCGGCGACGGCGGCGGGUUCGCUCGGCCUGCUGUUCACCUCUGGUUUCCCCGCAGCAUACCAGCUUGGCCUGCUCGGGGCGAACCCCUCUGAGGACUUCGGGCGUCUCAUCACGUUCACGAUCUGCUGCGCCUACGUCGGCAUCUUCUUUACCAUGCCGCUCCGCCGGCUGUACAUCCUCAAGCUGAAGCUGACCUUCCCGAGCUCGGUCGCCACCGCGUACACCAUCCGCUCGCUGCACGUCGGGAAGGACGCCGCUGCCAACGCGCGCAAGAAGACGUGGGCCCUCGUCGUCUCGUUCUUCGUCUCCAUCUGCUGGAGGGUCACGAGCGAGUAUGCGCCAGGAAUCAUGUGGGAUUGGCACUGGAGCUGGUGGUUCUACCGUGCCGGCUGGGAAUGGAUUAUCUGCGCCGAGUCCUGGGGCUGGAUAUGGGAGUGGACGCCCGCCUUCAUCGGCUGCGGACUCCUCGUUCCUAUGAACAGCUCUGCCUCGUUCGUGGGCGGUGCUGUGCUCGCCUGGGCGAUCAUCGGCCCUGCGCUGGUGGCGACGAACCGUGCCUUCGGCGAGCCCAUGUCGCCACUCUACCCAGGCUACCUCGACUACUCCAACAUGGACCUCCCCGACCCCGUCCACCGGCCCUCGCCCGAGUACUGGAUGAUCUGGCCCGGGUGCAUGCUCCUUCUGACGUCCAGCGUCGCGGAGAUUGCGGCGAACUACAAGACGAUCGUGACCGCGUUCAGCGUGCUGCUCGAGCCGGCCGUCAUCAAGGUGCGGCGGCUCGCGAACCUGCGCGAGAGCAGCGUGCGGUUCGAGAAGGAGGACGGGUUCUACGACCCGGUCCCGCUCGAGGAGCAGACGCCGUGGUGGAUGUGGACGGGCGGGCUCGUGCUCAGCACGAUCCUCACGAUGCUCGUCAUGAAGUACCAGUUCGACCAGAACCCCGGUAUUACCCUCCUCUCGAUCUUCUUCGCGUUCAUAUUUUCGCUCGUCGGCGCGGAGUGCGUCGGGCGCGUGUCCGUGAACCCCGUUACCACCCUGGGGAACUUCUCGCAGCUGAUCUUUGGUGGGAUCUCGAAGGGCUCGGGGCUCUCCCCACAGCGGAACGAGCUGAACAAUGGGCUCACCGGGAUGAUCACUCUCGCCGCCGCGGAGCAGUGCUCCGACAUGCUCGGCGACCUGAAGGCGACGCACCUGCUCGGCGCGUCCCCACGCGUACAGCUCUACUCCCAGUGCUGCGGCGCGCUCGUCUCCAUAUUCCUGAGCACGGCGAUGUACGUCGUCUUCAGCAAGGCGUACCCGUGCAUCAACACGCUCUCCUCGUCCACAUGCGAGUUCGCCGUGCCCGACGUGAAGAGCUGGCGCGCCGUCUCCAUCGCCGUGUCCUCUUCCUCGCUGCCGAUCCCGCUGUCGUCGGGGAUCACCGCGCUCGUGUUCAUGGGCAUGGUGCUCGUCAGCACGUUCCUCAAGUACCGGUUCGUCCCCGCGGGCAAGCAGCACUGGGUCCCGAACUGGAACGCGGUCGGGAUCGCGUUCGUCCUCGGGCCGUCGAACACGUACCCCGUCGCGAUGAUGUUUGGGUCGCUCGUCGCGUUCGUGUGGCGGCGCCGCUGGCCGAACGCGUGGUUCUUGGUCGGGUACGCGAUUGCGGCGGGGAUGAUCGCGGGCGAGGGCCUGGGCGGGAUCGUGAAUGCGGUGUUGCAGAUCGGGAAGGUGAGCGGGAACCUAUAUGGGACCGCCGUGGGGUGCCCGAUGAACGCCUACUGUGGAUGA